CUACUCUUUCAGGUUCGGCAAGGAUAUAAACACAGUGGAUAUCAAUAUUCCAUCAAGUCUAGAAAAUGUGACUGGUGUUUUGGUCGGAGUGAUUGGAUCAAUCAUAGUCAUCAUCACGAGUCACCCGAUUUUUCUACUCAUAAUGAUUCCUCUAGCUGUAUUUUACAUUUUUAUUCAGUGCUUUUACAUGGCGUGUUCUCGCCAAGUACGUAGGUUAGCGUCUGUCACUCUGUCGCCUAUUCUGAGUUUCUUUUCGGAGACUGUACAAGGAGUAAGCACUAUUAGAGCAUUUGGCGCACAAUAUCAGUUCAUGGACAGGGAAGAUCGCCAAAUAGACACCAAUUGCAGGGUAUUCUACAGCAAUACUUUACUCAACAGGUGGCUGGGAGUAAGGCUACAAUUUCUGGGCAACAUGGUGGUCUUUAUCACUGCACUACUUUCUGUGGUGGAAAGGAGAGAAUUCAGUGCAGCAAUCGUUGGUUUAACAUUGUCUUAUGCUCUCAGUGUUACAGAAAAUUUGUCAACUUUUGUGAGGUUGCUAACGCAAUUAGAAAACCACAUGGUCUCUGUGGAGAGAAUUAAUGAGUAUUCAGACUUAACAUCCGAAGCUUCUUGGGAAACAGAGUGCAGCGAUUGUGUGCCAAGCAAUUGGCCAAGCAGAGGCGCUAUAUCCUUCAGAGGCUACAAGAUGCGUUACAGGCCUGGUAUGGAUUUAGUUUUGAAAGAAAUAAACAUGGAUAUUGCUCCAUCUGAAAAGGUUGGACUAGUUGGAAGAACUGGAGCUGGAAAGAGUUCUCUAGCAUUAGCUUUAUUCCGUGUCAUCGAACCAUCGAGUGGUUCUAUUCACAUUGAUGGCAUAGAUAUUUCCAUAUUGGGAUUGCACGAUCUACGCUCAAAGAUCACCAUCAUUCCUCAGGAUCCUGUUGUGUUUGCCGGAACGCUGAGACUGAACCUGGAUCCUCUGGAUACACACAGUGAUGAAGAGCUUUGGACAGCCAUUGAACACGCUCAUCUGAGUGAUUUUGUCAGUUGUCUGGAAGAUAAGCUAGAUUACCAGAUCACUGAAAGUGGAGAUAAUCUCAGUGUUGGUCAGAAGCAACAAUUGUGUCUUGCGAGGGCACUUCUGAAGAAGACUAAAAUUCUGGUGUUGGAUGAAGCGACGGCUGCUGUAGAUUUAGAAACAGACAAGCUCAUUCAGAACACAAUCCGCACAGAGUUCAAAGACUGCACCAUCAUCACCAUCGCACACCGGCUGUACACUGUCCUUGAUUAUGACAGGAUUCUGGUGAUGGACAGGGGAAGAAUUGCAGAAGAUGGUGCACCAGAUGCCCUACUGCAAAAUAAAGAUUCACUUUUUUAUGAACUCGCCUGCGCUGCAGGUUUACUAUAAUGUAGCCGGACUGCUUUUAUGGAACUUUGAACAUUUUAGUUUCUCUUUUUAUUUGAAAAUCUGUGUGUGCUUGUCCCGUUCUUAAACUUUUAUAAUAAUAAAAUGAAUGAACACCAUA